AUGGAUGGGACAGGUGUGGGGCAGGAUGCCAUGAAGAACUGCACUGACCAGGAGUACUGGGACAGCCUCGUUUUCCAGUGCAUCCCCUGCAGCCUUGCGUGCAGCCAGUCCCAGACCAGGAGGUGUGAUGCUGUGUGUGAGUCCAUGGAUUGCAACAAGAGACCUGGAUUUUACUACGAUGAGCUUGUGAAGAACUGCAUCAAGUGCAGCUUGGUGUGCGGGCAGCACCCCAAGGAAUGUGCCCUGUCCUGCGAGCCCACCCCUGCGGGGCCGCCGGCCGUGCUGGAGCAGAAGGGAUGCACAGAGCAGGACCCGUGGCUGGUGCUGUACCUGCUGCUGGGGCUCUGCCUCUGCACCCUCAUCUGCUCCCUGCUCCUGGGCUGGACUCACCUGCGCAGGAAGGGAGAGGGGGUGUCCUGCCAGGCCAGCGCUGGGACCUGCCACUGCAGGGAGGACCCUGCCAAAGAUCGUCUGGUGGAGGCUGGCAGUGUUGGUGAUGGAUUCACCAGCAUCAGAAUCCCAGAGCCAGUGGAAACCUGUGGCUUCUGCUUCCCUGGACAUGGCUCUGCUGUACAAGAGACCAAAUCCUGCCACAGCAGCUCCUGCCACCCUGGGGAAAGGGCUGCUCCCUCCUUCUCUGGGAUCUGCAGCAUGGGAAGUGCUGGGGCCAUUCCCAGUCCUGACGACGGCCACUUCAAAAUCAUCUGUUCUCCUUCCCAAGAGAAGACACCCGUGGUGUGA